UGAAUUUAGCUAUAAAAAUGAAAAUCUUGGCUUUUCUGCUUCUUAGCUUGUACAUUUUUGGUGUGUCAACUGAAGAGAAAAAGUCAACAACGAUGAAGACAACAACGAGAGAUCCAAUGUUUACCCUCCUUGAAACCUGUUAUCGAUUCUGUUCAAUAUACCUUACCCCUGUUUGUGCAAAUAAUGGAAUCUGCACAUAUGAAUUCCACAAUAUGUGCAGGAUGAGAAACAAAAAUUGCUAUUUCAGUAGGCGCAAUAGGCCAGAAUUCCAAUUGAUUAACAAAGGACAAUGCUGGGACAAGAUAAACAGAUGUACUGAUGAUCAAUUGAAAUAGGAAUGUCUACCAUAGGUAUUUGAAUGCACUUGAAUCGGUUUCAUAUUUAACCAAGGAUAAAAGCAAUUCAAAAGCCACAGAAUUUUAUGUAAACAGGAUGUUUAUAAAUAAAAAUCGCAAAAGUUUCUACUGACCACAAA